CCGCAUAUUUCAGUUUUUGUACCAAACCUUACCUCUUCUUCUCUCAUCAUAUUAAUUUCCACUGAUUCCAUCUUCACUUUCUCCCUUCGUUGGGGGUUAAAUCCAUAGCCACAACUUCCCUUUUGCUUCUUUCAUUCAUUUCUACGGCCACCAAACUCAAUCAUAGUUUAUGGAAGCUGUAGAGGCAAAAGCUUCAUCUGGGUAUGGCAAGCCUCCAUGGGUAUUUAGAGGCAGUGCCUGGUAUCAACUCCAUCUUGUGAAGGCAGAGAAAGCUCGAGCUUACAUUCCAAAAGAAUUCAAAUUGGUUGAAGCUUUUGGAUACACUCUUGGUGGUUUCUUUCUAGCAAGUUAUGAGGACAGUCCAGUUGGUGUCUUUGAUGAGCUUGUUGUAAUUGCAGGACUUGUAUGGAACCGCCCAACAUCCUGCGCAUGGGCAACGAGGGUGUACGUGAACAACGAUGAGGCCUGUUAUCACGGAAGAAAGGAGGUGGGACUUCCAAGUCAGAUGGCUAGGUUUUCCAAGACAAUUACAGCAAUCUCAAGACAACAGAGGGAGAUAAAGAGUGGAUUUCUUAAUCGGAUUGGAAUUGGUGCCAAGUACUCUACUCCAAAGGAUCCCCUGAAUGUUCAAGUAACCAAAAUCAAAUGUCUUGAUGCAGAAGACACUUGUAAUAUUAAUAUCAGUCUCACCAGUCCUGUGUCUGCUUUGGGCAUUGGCCACUGGAUGGGCCCAACAACGAGAAUGUCACUUCCAAGUUUUAGUGGAGCUACAGAGUAUAAUCCUAACCUCCUCAAAUACUCUUGCCAGAUUGAAUGCAGGGUGCAAGCAUUGAAGCCCUUGAAGGUUUCAGGAGCAUUCCCUUCAACAAAUGAUGACACUGAACUGUCAUUAGAAGAUUAUGGAAGCAGCAGCCAUGUAGCUAAAGAUCACGAAAAUGAUGCACAGAAUUUCAGCACUUGUGUGAUGUUAUCAAAACCCAUAUUAGCGCUCAAGUUUAAUCAAAUGUUGAUGCAGGUUGAAGCUCCCCUUGUGCUUUCCCAAUGCUCAAAUUCUUUAGAAACUACAGUUAGUUCUGUUCCAUAGGCAAUAUUUGUUAGGGGAUAAGUGUGUAUGCUGAAUACUUAAUCCAUCAUGUAAUCAGUUCCAGUUCUAAUAAUGAAGUAUCAGUAGAGUUAUAUUAUCAUAUUC